CAACAUGUUUAAACCAGACGAAGAUGUGGCCCGUCAAACAUUUGUUAGCUGGUUAUAUGUUCUGCGGUUCAAUUUUAUUAUUCCUGUGGAUUGCUAGACAGUGACAAUAAUGGAUCUAGUAUGGGAGAACCCCCCAGUUCCUGAUGAGCCAUUCUUCACUCAAGAUCUCUACGACAAGUAUUCACUUGCGCCUAAUAUCAGAGAACUGUGGGUGUUUCUCCAAAGUUCUGAGGAGAGUGCCAACACACAACUGAAAUGUGAUGUUGGGGCUCCAAAAGCAUCCUGCUCUGCUUCCACUGAAGAGGCUUCAGAGUUGAAUAACAGCAGUUGUAUUAGCAAGGAAGAAUCUAUUUGGGAAAUCUGUGCUAGUGAUGGUCCACAUGAAGACAGUGCUGCAGAAGGUGUAAAGAACUGUAAGGAUAGAAAAAAAUCAAAAGAGAAGUUCAACCAGCUUGGGGAUGAAGUUGUUGCUGCUUACCCUGAGCCCAGACUGCCCUUCCCCUGUAUGUCCAGCCUGUCUAGCAAAGACCAGAACACUUAUCUUGGCUUUUUGAUGAGUAAGAAAAACAAGAGUCCACCAGAGAGCUUAAAGACACGGGUAAAUAAUGAAGUGAUGCAGUUCAUCAGGUACCUGCAGGAUGUGGCUAGGAUAUGUGCUGAUGACUACAACUUCAUAUCACAGGGAGCUAUGCAAUAUUCAGAGGAUUUCUUCAGGUGUUGUUUGGAGUGCAUUAAGGCAUUUCCUCAGCUUUACCAAGUCAAUGAGAUGACUAGUUUGACAGGGGGGACAUUCAACCCAGGGCUCAUGCUGACUUUUGAAAAACAGCUGCUGAUCAUGGGCAAUGUGGAUAUUACAGACCACAAGAUAGUGCCUGCUGAUGCACAGCUUGCAUCGGAUUAUCAGAGUGUUUCAUCAGAGAAUCCUCCAGCUAAAAAAGCUAAGGACAUGCAUGCUACCGUCAGCAGUGAUAGUAAUGCGGAGAAGCUGUGUUCCCAUUAUGAACCUCAUGUGUGUCUAACUCGAGAUGCCCUGGUUAGACUGCUGGACAACCAUGGCCCUGACUUUAAGGAGCAAUGGGAACUGCCUGUUUUGGUCAAAUCAAAUCCAGGCAAAGGUAGUGGUCAGAAGAAGACUGUGUACAUAGACUCGCCCCUUCUGAAGACACUAAUGACACCAAGAGAGAGGAGUCAUAUCUACCAUGGGGAGAGUUUGAAGCUUUCCAUUAAAAAGAAUGGAAGAAAAAAUGUGUUCCAUUUAAUGAUGGAGCUUCCUGCAAAUGAGAAUCAGCUCUCUGCUGAGAGCUCACAAAGAAAUUUAGUGUCUUUUGAAAACAACGGCCUUGAUUUUGAGGUAGAUCUCACUGACCUGGAGACGUUUGGAGUUGUGACACCCACUAAAAAGCCCAAGGUGCACAAAAUAGAGAGUGCACAGGAUUCAUCAGCUAAAAGCGAUAAAGCUUCAAAUUCCUCAUGUUUAAGUAAAAGUAAAAAGUCCAGUGAGCAUCUUGUAAACACUAGCAGCAGUCCUCUAGAAGAGAUGGACACCAUGUUAACAGAGGAGACGACUCAACCAAAGAGUGUGCAAAAGACUGAACAGAUGAGGCAGGACUCUGCACAGGAAAGUGAUGAAGAUCUCGUUUUUACAGGAGACUCUGAUGAUGAUGAUGAUGAGAAGCUGGUCAUUGAUGACUCCAUGUCUCCAGCUGCAGCACCUACAGCACAACCUGAACCUAAAACCUGCUCUUCAAACUCCCCUAUUACUCCUGCCUCAGAUGCUGUUCCGGUAAAUCCAAAGUUAUCUUCCCCUCAAAAAGUUACAAGGCGACAGUCCAGAAGAUCAAAGGUACCUGGUGACCAACUGGGAGAGAUCCUGCGAAUGCAGACAGCGAUGUUUAACUCUGCUAGUGAUGCAGCCAAAUGCUCCACCAAAUCUGUGGAGACCAGCUCACCCACACGAUGUGCAGGACCCUCAUUUCACUCCCAUCCAACCUCCCUUGUUAAGCCCUGUGUAUCCUCAUAUUUGGAGAGGAACCAGGACCAGGAUAGAGAGACCUAUGCUGCUCCUCAUGAAUCUGCACCAGCAGUCAGUUUUAUUACUACAGAGCACCGAAAAAUACUGUCGCAAGAACUGCAGGAAGGUGCAGAAGAUGAACAAGAUUAUGAGGCCCCAGAAGAGGGCAACCUGCUCUACAAACUCUACAGUCUGCAGGAUUUGCUGCUCAUGGUGCGCAGCUCUGUCUCACUGACUCAUACCAGAAAUGUAGGCAGCAGCCAAAACCAGUAUGUGCCAGUGCAUGUCUUGCCCAAGCUGGAGUAUCAGUUGAGUUACGGUGUUGAGAGUAUAACCAGCAGUGAAGCUUGUCAGCUGUGGACAGAGACAUUGCUGCACUCCAGCACAGUUUCAUAUAUAGCUCACAUCAAUGCACACACAUCAAAAGUAGCUCUGCUGAGAAAGCUGCCAGACGACUGGAAACAGAACAUCUCCUGUGGGUUCAAGCCGUCCAAGUCAUUGAAUAUAUUGCACCACCUCCUGAAAAAGCUCACUGGGUUAGAAGAAGGACAGUACCUGAUUGCACACAAAGCAGGGGAACCAUUUGUGACCUUAUUAAAAGCAGCUACUGGAAAAGUGAGUCGAGCAGCGUACAACCUGCAUCAGGUCCACAGCUCUGUCCCACAGCCCCCAGCCUUUGGCCCUGUACCCUGGAUACCUGUGGAUCCAGCUGUGGUCCUACCCUUCCACCAGGAGCACAGGCGUGUCCCUUGCACCUUCCCACCCAAGCACUUCCUACAGACAGCAAAAGAUGGAUCAUCACAAUCUAAUGACCAGGGACGUGGGCAGUCGAAGAACAACACAAGAGGCAAAACAAAAAACAAAAAGAAACGUGCAGCCAAGCGUAAAAAGUAUAUCAAAAAGCUAGUUCAGAAGUCCAUUUAAAAUCUGUUAUCAUAGUUUUGGUAAGUCAGAAGAGGAUCUGGACCUGUAUGAGUUAUAUCAUACUGAAAAUGUGUGAGGACCAUAAAUGUAUAUGUGAAUGAGCACAGUACUGAAUCUAUUAUUUUAUAAUUGUAUAUUUUGUCAUUUAUUAGUUUUGUAAAAACAGAGCAACAAUAAACUUUGUCUAAGGGCUCAUCAUUACUGUCUGUAAUGUGCAGAAAGUUUGUAAUGGUUGGACUGACUGAAGCUCCUGAAGACAGAUCUCCAGUCAUUGUGCAUAGUUUAUGUGUGGGAAAACUUCAGCAAAGCUUAAGAGCCUUG